UGCGGAUAACGGUACUUCCUUACCAGCUGCUUUCACUUCACGUCUGUCUUCCUGUGGUCGACCCUGUCUUAUUCGCUGCUGCGGCUGCGUUGGGUCCUUUUCUAACGUGCCGACUCUCUUCCUGGUAUUAGCUGUCAUCUGAAUUACCAUGACUUCUUCUCUGCGACAAACUCCUUUGACCUGCAGUGGCCACACUCGACCUGUUGUUCAUCUUGCCUUCUCCAAAUUAUGUCCUGAUGGCUAUUACCUCAUAUCUGCAUGCAAAGAUGGUAAGCCAAUGCUGCGCCAGGGCAACACUGGUGAUUGGAUCGGAACAUUCGAGGGCCAUAAAGGAGCUGUCUGGGGCGUGGCGCUCAACAGCCAAGCUACACGAGCUGGAACAGCUGCUGCUGACUUCUCUGCUAAGGUAUGGGAUGCCAUGAAAGGAGAGGAGCUGCACUCUUUUUCUCACUCGCAUAUUGUUAAAAGUGUUGACUUCUCCCCCGACUCGAAUCAAAUGCUGACAGGAUCCAAUGAGAAACUCCUAAAAAUUUUUGACCUUAACAAGCCUGAGCAAGACCCCAUUGUGUUCAGUGGGCACGAGGCCAGCAUCAAGCAUUGUCUUUACAACAGUGAAGGUACCAAACUCUUCUCUUGUGCUGAUGACAAGACUGUGCGGUGUUGGGACAUAACUUCAAAACAGGAGAUCCUGAAGCUUGAUCUGAGCAGCUCGGCUUCAGGCUUGGAGUUGUCAGCCGACGGUUGUGUCCUAACUGUUACGUACGCUAAUAAAGUUAGCUUCUACAGCACCUCCACGCUGCGGGAGUUGAAGAGUGCUGUGCUGCCAGCCACUCUUUACUCGGCGUCUCUCCACCCUGAUCAGUCUGUUUUUAUUUGUGGUGGUGAAGACUUCAAGAUGUACAAGUACAACUUCGACACGCUGGAGGAGCUCGACUCAUUUAAAGGGCAUUUCGGGCCUGUUCAUUGCGUGAGAUUCAGUCCGGAUGGCGAGUUGUAUGCAUCAGGAAGCGAAGACGGCACACUGCGUCUGUGGCAGACAACGGUUGGCAAGACCUACGGCUUAUGGAAGUGCGUCGAGGGAACGGGUGCUGGUGGAGCGGAUGCCGAGGCUAAUGGAUUAACUGGAGAUAGCUGAGCUUACUACAUCUCCACCAUGAAACGAAUUCGAAAACUGUUGAACUGUGGUUAAAAACUGGGCACUCUUGAACUUUUCGUUAUCGUGAAUCCUGGGCUCUAUUUAACAUUGUCUUCUAUUACAACAGUUUGCAGAGUUCAUCCGUUGCUCUCUCGGUUCAACGCUGUUCAGUGUUGUGCUAUUAACUGUUGACUACAUCCCGCGUUGAUAACGUUUCAUGGGUAGAAUUCUUCCAGCUAAGAAAGGAAUGCAAUUGUCGUCUUGUUUUCACUUAGUUCUAUUCUUCCCAUCACGUUAUCUUUUUGUUAUCUUCCCUUUUAAUAUUUCAUCGCAACUACUCGGUACUUGCAUUUCAGCUCUAUAUAACUUUUGUUCGAUUUUUUCCUAUCGGUUUAUAAAAUUUAAUUUUGCAUUCGGAAUGUGACGCUGCAGUGCUUCAUAGUUUAAUCCUCUUCUUUAUGGAUAAAUUAAGGUUGGUUUUAAUUUAAUUAUUGAAACACAGAACUCGCAUUUCUCUUCUAGUAAUUGAACCAUAAGCGUUCCUAAUGCUAGCUAUUCUAAUAGCUUUCUAUAAAAGCUUGCGUAUAGGAUUCUCAGUUAGAUGAUUUUCGUGACAUCUUAUUGAAUGUUGGCAUAACAUCUCGACCUUGUCAAACUUCUCUUUCUGCGUUGAAAAGGCAUUCAUUGUGCAUUUAUCCUGAACUUUGCCUUGCCACUUCAAUGAAGUUGUUUAGCCACAUUUAUCAAGGAUAUUCUAUUAUGGCUUGAACUUGUAUGCCAUAUCACUCGAAUGCCCUAAAUUCGAUUUAAUGCAUGCAGGUAUGUUGCAAUAUUGAGACCAAAUUAAAAGUUUGAAAUUCUUUUACAAUCAAGAAAUAGGAAUUUCUGGGUAAAUAAUUUCCGAAUGUUUUGUACUCAUUUUGGAAGUCUUGUUAGCUUUUCCUAUGCUCUUUUUUUAGUCAACUUUUGUUGAAGCUACCGAAUCAAGUUCUCGUUAUUGCAAGAGAAUCACAUUAUGUUGCAUUGGUCUAAUGGUUGUCCUAGUUUGUAUCAUUUCCUUGCUUGCCGAACUUGUUGACUAGAAGUAGUUACAAAACGUCUCUGAUGUUUGGUCAUGUAGUGCGUUGGUUGAUUUGUCCCACAUUUAGAUUUUCUCGUUGUUCGCUCAUCUUUUUCUUAGAACUUCGAAUAGUUAGAGAAGGGCGAGUAUCACUUACAUGAGUAGUUUGAAAACUUUAGCUGCCCUUUGUCAGAUGACACUUUCAUACCGCUGCGCUUGCAUGAUGGUGUCGGGUUUGGGGUUUCUUAACCUUCGCGUAUUGCAUUUCUUCGACAUUUAUUCAUGAACAGUUUCAGAAAUUGUUGUAGGGAGCUGCCACAUUUGACGAUAUCGACUGUUGAUGUUUAUCAGUUAUUUAUCACAUGAAUCUCGUCCAGUGAUUUUAGGUUGGUUUGUAGUGAAUGUACUUUUGUAAGCCCUUUGUUAAACCUGAAAUUAUUUUCUAUAAAAUUUUCUAUGGCUGAA